UUUUGGAUACUACUGGAAUAAUAGCGGAAAAAUAUUACUUAUUAUUGAUGUUAGGUUUUAUAGUUAUUAUAAUCUGCCCCUGCUACUUUUAUUGUUCAAUAUAUCGUCAACGCAAAAGUAAUAAUGAUUUGACUACAAUGACCGAUAUAGAAUUGGGGAUUCCACAUGAAGUACGUUGCGAAUACACUCAAUUGAAUACGAUUUACAGUCCUAUGUUACAUUAUAAUCCGGAUGAAUGUGCGAUAACUAAAAUUGCACGUAAACAGAUUAUAUUUGGAAAAAUUAUUGGUAGCGGCGUAUUCGGAAUGGUGUAUCAAGGAAAUGUGAAAAACUUAGAAAGUUCGGGCACAGAGAUAUCCGUUGCAAUAAAAACGCUUCGGAAAGAUGCUUCUUCCCAUGAGAAAAAGAAAUUGUUAAAGGAAGCCGAGCUUAUGAAUCGUUUUCGACACAAACAUAUAUUAAGAUUGUUGGGUGUUUGUUUAGAUGGGAUUUAUCCGUUUCUAGUGUUGGAAUUAAUGGAAACUGGUGACCUGUCAAGAUAUUUGAGAGAUUGUCGAAAUUUGGAAGCGUCAGAUUCGCACGCUCUACGUUUGCAAGAUUUGUUCGCCAUGUGCGAAGAUGUUGCGCGAGGUUGUUGCUACUUGGAAGAAUUGCGUUUCGUACAUAGAGAUCUAGCGUGUCGCAAUUGUUUAGUAUCUUCGAGAAAUCGCGAGAAUCGUAUUGUCAAAAUUGGAGAUUUUGGAUUAGCUAGAAAUAUCUACCAUGAUUAUUAUCGCAUGAGAGGAGAAGAUUUGCUUCCUGUUCGCUGGAUGGCACCCGAAUCUUUGAUGAUCAGAAUAUUUACUUCUCAAAGCGAUGUUUGGUCAUUUGGCGUUUUAAUGUGGGAAAUUACAUCGUUGGGUGAACAACCUUAUGUUGACAAGACUAAUGCGGAAGUGAUAAUUUAUGUACUUGCUGGAGACAGGUUGCCGAUGCCUCUUAACUGUCCGUCCGCAUUGUACCAGUUAAUGCUACGUUGCUGGACUGCAGCGGAUGCUAGGCCAAAUUUCGAAUUUUUUCUGAAAAAUAUUAUAACAUUAAGAAAGAACAUAGAAGAUGCCUUACUGAGUCCAGUCGAUAUUCUUUAGCCGAUAUAAUUAAAUUAAUGUUUAUCUUCUUUUCCGAAUGAUUCGAUAAAUCUUAAUGUAGGAAAAAUAUAUAGA